UCAUAAAGUGGCGCUAACUCUUGGAAUUUUCAUGAACUAAUUUUGACAUGUAAACAAUUUAGCGAGUGAAGUUUUUGCAAUUAAUAUUCUUCGUUUAUUUACUGCGAGUUACGUUCAUGUGAAAACUUGGUUGUUUUGCUUGAUUAACUUGAGCUUACUGAAAAAAAGAAUAAUUAAGUUUACUCAUAUUUUUGAUCUUUGGUUAAGAUUAAUUCAAGAUGUUUCGACCGCCAUUACGUUUACAUCAUGUGAGAAGAGUUCACUCGUCUACUUGGAAAAAGAAUCCUCAAUUGGACUCAAUAAUACGCGUGGACCAUGCUGGCGAACUUGGGGCAGAUCGUAUAUACGCGGGGCAGAUGGCUGUGUUGGGGAACACGGCCGAGGGCCCUUUGAUCAAGCACAUGUGGGAGCAAGAGAUUAAACACAGAGAGAAGUUUGAGGAGCUCAUCUCAAAGUACCGCGUCCGGCCGACCGUGAUGACUCCUUUGUGGAAUAUUGCGGGAUUUGCGCUUGGAGCUGGAACAGCCCUAUUAGGCAAAGAAGCAGCGAUGGCGUGUACAGUAGCUGUUGAAACUGUCAUAGUAGAACAUUACAAUGAUCAGCUAAGAACACUCAUGGAAGACCCUAAUGUGGAUAAGGAAAUCCUGGAUACUAUUACUAAGUUCAGAGACGAGGAACAAGAACACCACGACACGGGCAUAGACCAUGGGGCAGAACAAGCUCCAUUUUACAAGGCUUUGACUGAAGUCAUCAAGGCGGGUUGUAAAGUUGCUAUUUCUAUAUCGAAAAAGAUUUAGACAUUCUUGUUCGACAUUUUUUAAAUAUAUGUAUCUGUUUUUUUUGUUUAA